AGCGCCGUGAUUGAGUGGUGCGCACUGCACCGUUAAACAUUCCACGGAACCAAAAUAAAGAAAAUAAUUUAUUUAUUUAUUUUUUUUAAUUUUGGAAAAAGGAUUAGCUUGUUUCUUAAAUCUGCGUCUCCAUAUAAACUCAACGUAAACGAAAAGCUAAAGAUCAUCACGCCUUUUCCUUGCCCUUUGAUUUCCCUUUUCCUUUGCGCCUUUCUUUGCUUUUGGUUUUCUGUCGCUUUUUCCUUUUUUGUAUGUUUCUUUUUCAAUGGUGAUGGAGGAUAACGAGAGUUGCGGGAGCAAAGCGAACGACACGUCGUCGCCGGUGCAGAGCCGGCAACAGCGGCAAAAGCUCAACGUUUACAAUGAGGUUCUCCGGCGGCUUCGAGAAUCCGACCAAGAAGAGGCUAAUCGGCCUGGCUUCGACGACGAACUUUGGACUCACUUCAAUCGUCUCCCUACUCGAUAUGCAUUAGAUGUGAAUGUGGAAAGAGCAGAAGAUGUUCUUAUGCACAAGAGGUUACUGCAUUUGGCUCAUGAUCCUGCUAACAGACCAGCAAUGGAAGUUCGUCUUGUGCAGGUCCAAUCUAUUUCUGAUGGGAGUUUAGAUUAUUCUACUCUUUCAAACCCCCUGUGUGAGGAAUCUGCUCAAAGUUCUCUGAAACACUCUAGCAGACAAAGCACACAUCCACCACCUGCCUUCGGCUCAUCGCCAAAUCUUGAAGCCCUUGCACUGGAAGCAAAUAAAUCUCAAGAUCAAGAUGGAGAUAAUUCUGUACAUGCCAAUUCACAUUUUUCCCGGCCUAUGCAUGAAAUUACAUUUUCAACAGAUGACAAACCAAAACUUCUCAGUCAGUUGACCGCAUUGCUUGCUGAGAUUGGGCUAAACAUCCAGGAAGCACAUGCAUUUUCUACAGUAGAUGGUUACUCAUUAGAUGUUUUUGUUGUUGAAGGUUGGCCAUAUGAGGAAACAGAGCAGCUUAAAGUUGCUUUGGAGAAGGAAGUCUUAAAAAUUGAGAAGCAAUCUUGGCUCAAGCAGCAUUCCUUUUCUCCUACAAGGGACUAUGAGGAAAUGGGGAGCAAUGGUGAUCAGAAUUAUGUGGCAAUUCCUAAUGAUGGGACUGAUGUUUGGGAAAUUGAUCCUAGACACUUGAAAUUUGAGAACAAAGUUGCAUCUGGGUCAUAUGGGGAUUUGUAUAAAGGUACUUAUUGUACUCAGGAAGUGGCUAUUAAGAUCCUCAAGCCAGAGCGUAUAAAUACUGAUAUGCAGAAAGAGUUUGCCCAGGAAGUCUUUAUCAUGAGGAAAGUUCGGCAUAAGAAUGUUGUGCAAUUUAUUGGUGCAUGUACCAAGCCGCCAAGCUUGUGUAUUGUAACAGAAUUUAUGUCUGGUGGAAGUGUGUAUGACUACCUUCAUAAACAGAAGGGUGUUUUCAAGCUUCCAACCUUGCUUAAAGUUGCAAUAGAUGUUUCCAAAGGAAUGAACUACUUGCACCAAAAUAAUAUAAUCCACAGGGAUUUGAAGGCUGCCAAUCUUUUAAUGGAUGAAAAUGAAGUGGUUAAGGUUGCUGAUUUUGGGGUGGCUAGGGUGAAAGCUCAAUCUGGGGUUAUGACGGCUGAAACUGGAACAUAUAGAUGGAUGGCUCCUGAGGUUAUUGAACACAAGCCAUAUGACCACAAGGCUGACGUUUUCAGUUUUGGAAUUGUGUUAUGGGAGUUGUUAACUGGAAAGCUUCCAUAUGAAUACUUAACCCCAUUACAAGCAGCUGUUGGAGUGGUUCAAAAGGGGCUACGUCCAACAAUUCCAAAGAACAUUAAUCCAAAGCUCACUGAACUGCUUGAGAGAUGCUGGCAACAGGAUCCAACACUAAGACCUGAUUUUUCUGAAAUUAUAGAGAUUUUGCGGCAAAUUGCCAAGGAGGUAGGAGAUGAAGGUGAGGAUCGGCGUAAAGAGAAAUCUUCGGGAGGAUUUUUGUCUGUCCUUAGAAGAGGCCACCAUUAAAGUAGACAUGUUAUACAGUGAUGUUUAUAACCUGAACAUAGGCUUUAACUCUCUGGGGCGCCAUUCCCAGCAUUUUCGCCAGCACUGUACAGUAUUUUAUUCCAUCGAUCAAGUUAUGAUCGGGUUUGUUAUUAUUUUUUCUUUUUUUCAUUUCCUUUUUCCUCGCAUGAUUUAUGGCCUAUGUCCAUUCUUUAACCAGCCAUUCGCUUUUUUGCUUUGAUUUAUCAAUCUGUAACAAAGGGGAUGGUGGUAUGUGGAUGAGCUUUGUAACUUGAUAUUUAUCCUGCGGCCCUAUGAGAUCACAGAUAGUACUGUCAAUUUUUUUGGGUCUUUAUUUAUAACAAUUGGUCACGUUUUGUAGAUGUGAACGCAGCAGGAUAUCAUUGUAUAAGAGUUAAGACUCCAUUUGUUCGAUA